AUGACUGCCGAAAAGCAGGACAAACCCGAGGCUCCCGCCAAGCAAGGAGUCGAUUCCGGAAAAUGGGUUGACUCAGGUGCCCCAAGCACAGGAGAACGCCCCUUAGCUAUCAACCAAAAUUUCAAGCCAAAGAUUAAGCCAGUCCCGGGAGUUCCUCCUCACCUUUGGCACCGUCACCAAGGUCGACGCAUUGUCAUCAAAGACCAUACCGGCAAAGUUGUGGACAUCAGCAACACCAAAACUUCCCCCCCUCCAGCACAGAGCGUACAGCAGCAACCAAAGGCGCAGCCCAAUGUUAAUUCGAGCCCAGACGGACCCAAUAGAUCUGCAUGGGGAACAACUCCUCAGGCGGAUAGCUCCAAAAAGUCCCCAUGGGAAAGUACUGCCCAGACAGGAUGGGACCCACAAGUUACGGAAGCCGAUCAGCCGGUUGGCGCCGGAAACCAGAACUCGAAUGCCUGUCCACACAAUCUGAAGGGCGACCAAGCCGUUUUCCAUCAGGGUAACGUGUCUGCAAACCCCUGGGCAGCAGAGAAGAAACCCUGGCAAGCAGAGAAGAAACCCUGGCAAGCAGAGAAGAAAUCUUGGGCAGCAGAGAAGAAUCGCGGUGCUCAGCCCGCUUGGAAGUCAAGAGGACCACAAGAGCAUCGACCUCUGCCGGUGCCUGCUGAUUACAUGGAGCAUGAACUUCCUUGCCGCCGACUUGACUAUCCAGGCUCGCACCGGAGCAUGCUCUCCGUCUCUGACUUUCAUUUCAGCGAUGGUCCUGAAGAAGUCAAGGAAGUCGAUCCAAAGAUGUCCCAUGACAUCCGCAACGAGAUUGGCGUUGAAGUCCCCAUGUACCGGUUCAGCAACGAGAUGGGCGACCUCGCCAUACGGUUCGGUCACUUUUACGAUGGCCGGAACUACGAUAUAGGCCUUCAGACUGAAGAGUACAACAAAGGCCUGGUAGAAGCAUGGGUCCAGGACGUAACUGUCGAUGCGAAGGCAUCUUUCAAAUCCAAGCGCAAUCACUUCAAUUGUGAUAUCAACCCAGAGACGGGAUGCUUUCUCGCACCUGUCAGUCACCCUUUGACUCGAGUUAGUGAGGCACAGGACCCGGAACUUCGAUGGCGUCAGAUGAACUGGUCUUCAGAUCUGCUGCGCAAACGCAAACUCGCGUCCAAGAGAGGUGGGAAGUUUUAUCGAGGAGAGGUUCCACCGUCGAGCCGCCAGCCACCAAAAGUUCAACUCAACGUCAACAUCGCAGACUUGAAUGUACCCCAAGUACCAUGCCAUUUGCGCCCUGCUGAAGCUUCCGAUAUGGAGGCAGUGGCAUCCAUCUACAACAGCGAAGCCAUCCAGAAAUUCGAUUCUGCACCUUUGGGAGCAGCGGACUUUGAGAAAAUCCUUACGGACACCCAUGGGCAUGAACUUCCCUUCAUUGUUGCCGUUAGCGGCUCAGCUAGGGUUGACAUGCUGAAAGAUGGCAUUAGAUUUGAGUCGAGUCACCCACAGCAGACGGUCCUUCCUCCAAGUCUCAAAGAAGGCGCGGUUCUUGGAUUCGCGUACCUCUCCGUUUGGAAGCCCGGUUUGGCUGGCAGCACAACAGGCACUAGCAGGGCCACUGUUGAGGCCCACGUGCAUGUUCAUACUUCUUGGAGGCGCAAGAAGCUUGGAUCUACACUUCUGGAUAGGCUUCUGGCCUCAGUUUCACUCAACGCGAAGUCAAAGGAGAUGUGCGACUUCUGGGAUCCUUCACGCAACCCUGCUUACGCGGCUCCCUGCCAACAUGACCGCUAUACCUUCAAGAUUUACACGCAGUACCUUGUCAAGACCGAAUUCGACGCCAACAAUGGAUUCAACAAUAGGGAGACUCAAGAAAACCAGGUCGAUGAUAUCGCGUGGUUGAAGAACCUCCUCGAAACCAAAUUCAGAUUCAAGGAAAAAGUCCGUUUCGAAGCGGCCUAUCGCUCGCCAAAAGUCGAGGGAGAAGCUAGCUAUUGGCUGGAUUCUGUCCGAACGGAUAACGGGGUUAUCGGGCAUGAGAUGGCCAACGACAACACGGAUACCACAACGACAGCCGAAGGGACGUCGGGAGUUGGGUCAGGGGUCCGACAAUCGGCACAAACCUCUCCAGUUGCUGGACAAUCAGACUCGGAUCUCGAACCAUUGGCAUGUGUGACAUGUCGGAAUCGAAAGCUGAAAUGCGACCGCAAAAAGCCGGUAUGCACACGGUGUGGGACGGCCGGGGGUGAAUCUCAAGUGGAAGGCCUCAUUCGAAAUGUCACCAAGCAGUCCUUGGGCCUUGAUAAUAAGGGUGCAAGUGAUGAUGUGAGCGCUACUGCUGCCCUCGACAAGAUGAGUGCUACGACAAGCUUGGAUGAACUACCAGAGGGGACAGUAUCGGGCUCUGAGCGAGCCAGCUGCUCGUUUGGCUUUGUAUCUCAUGGAUCAGCAUCUUCAGAAGCUAGCCCCAUGGAGGCUGUCCCGGCACCUGACAGAGUAACUUCGUCAAAGCGGCCACACUCACCUCAACCUUUCGAUGCGCCUCGAGAAGGAGGGGGCAUCGGAGGCUUCAGUGACGACCUGAUUGAGCUGGGAAGGUUCGAGGGGUUACCCCCUUUUGAAAUGAUCGAGGAGCUACACCGAUUGUUCUUCCAAUUUUUUCGGAAGCCAAAGAUCGUAUCCAUUGUCCACCAGGGAAAUUACAUGCGAACAUACUACUCUCCUACGCAUAUGCGUCCGCCUAUGUGUUUACAGUACGCAAUCUGGGCAAAUGCGGCAAAGGGACACCCCAUGUACGACCGCUACUAUGAUGUCUUCUAUCAUCGUGCCCGUCAGUACUUGGAGGCUGAUGAGCUGAAGGCCCGCUCUCUGCUAUUUACCAGAGCUGCAAUGACUGCCGCAAGGUGUGCCAGACUUGUGCACAUGCUGGGCCUUCAACGACUCGAUGACCCUUCAGAAGACGCAGAAGGAUCCGAUGGGCCCAUCUUACCUGCUCCCAAGAGCUGGGUUGAACUGGAAGAACGUCGGAGAACAUUCUGGGGUGCCUACUGUGUCAACGUUCAUGUCACCAAGAACACCGGGUGGCCCAUCAUGAUUGAUGUGAAAGACACCACAACCCACCUUCCUGCCUCGGAAGAUGCCUUUAACACAGGCUUUCAUGAAGCCUCACCCACGCUCCAAGAAGCUUUUGGCGGCUCCUCCUACUCCUCCUUCGCUAGCACCGUCGUCAUAAGUUAUCUCUUCAACGAACUGCUCAACCAUGUGCACCGACCGAAAGUAUCGGACCGACCCGACGACAUUCAAGACGGCCCUUACUGGAAGCGCCAUCGCGAGAUUGACAACAAUUUGGGUAAUGCUUUUAUGUUCUUACCCGAGAAGUUCCGAUUGCCAAGCAAUAUCACAGAGACGGUGGCGCUGCAGGUUAAUCUGAAUCUACACGCGUCCGUAGUCUGCCUUCAUAGCGCUGCUUGCGAUGCAGUGAAGAAGUAUGGGCUCGACAAGCGGCUGGGCGAAAGGAGUAAAGAGAGGAGACUGAAUGCUGCGAGGGAAGUCGUGAAGAUCAUGAGGCUGGCUAGAGAGACCGUGAGCCCUUACAAAACCCCCUUAGUAGCCCUCUCCAUCUACUGCGCCUCAACAGUAUAUAUCGACCUUGCCCGAGAAGCCUUCUCAUCGCCCUCGUCAGUCCCACUCCCGCCCUGGGUGACUUCCGAGCUCGAAUUCCUCGUCAACUGCAUGGAAUCUAUCGGCCGGCAAUACAUUGUCACUCGUGCCUACCUCAACCAACUCCUACUCGACAUUGAGCAAAGCGAUCUCAGUGCCUUCUUCAACCUGCCCAACAUCAAGCGGUAUGGGUGCUGCAACCAUGGGAUUCCCCUGCUGGUGAGGACGGCUGUGUCGAGGUAUACGAAGAACGGUGGGAUGCCGGUGGUCUCGAGAAUGAUGCCUAUGGGGGGUGGAGGUAGGAUCAUACCUGAAGGAGCAAGUUGGAGUGGUGGUGGUGGUGGAUGUGGGGUAGGAGUGACGGCGGCGCAAGCCUGUGGUGGGAGUCUGAACGAAGACGGGGGAGCGGCCGGACCACCACCGGAUAGUGAACUCGGUGCUUGUGGUGGUGGUAUUCAGUGUCCGGGAAGGCAAGGCCAAAGUGGUGACACGACGGGAACUAGCGGUGGAAGCGGGCCGGGUCUCGCACCGGAAACCAAACGGAGACGGGUCGACCACGAGCAGCAGUCCUUCAUCGAACGCAUCGACCUUUCCGACUUGUUCAAGUUCGGUAGUUCCGCACUCCCCUCUCAGCAUCAACACUAUCAGCCAGCAGCAACAGUACCACCGAAUCUCACCACCGGAGGCAGUGACGAAUUCAACGACGGCUGGGGUCCAGGGCCCGCGACUGCCGUCGGACCUCCUCAUCUAAUGACACCCAGCAACAACACAUCUAGACCGGUAGUCCGGUUACCUUACAGAACCAUGAGCGACUCAUCCACCGCCAUGUUUGCUAACAACACUACCGGUACCGGACCUUCAUCACUCUCGGAUUUCGACCCCAACCAUAUUCCACUUGAAGACAUCACCAACAUGGAGGACAUCUUCUCCAACGUCACCGGGAUGGAAGGGCUAGGUCAGAUCGACCUGGACUUAACAAACGUCAUGGUCGACCCCCUGUUUUUGAGUACCGGCGGUAAUGACGGCAACGGCGGCAACGGCGGCAACGACAUCAAUGGCAACAGCAGCAGCGACGAUGGCAAUGCGUGGAUGUUGCUGACCGAUACGGAGAAUCCUACGACGGAGGACGAUUCUCCUGCCACGGGAACGGGAAGUUGGGAUAAUAUCCACUGA